AUGAAGCCACUGCUUUUCAUUGCGGGCUUAUUCUGCUACUACUCUCCAUUUGUACCAGCAGCAGCAGCAUUUCCAUGGAAACGACAAGUAACUGUUUCAGCAUCGUGUGCUAGCCAACCCAACACGGUGGGCGUCUGCUCACCCACAUCAAGCGACGUUUGGUACAAUGGCAGCUAUUACGAGUUCACUUGGAAGUACAACAACCCCGCCUACAUCACAUCUGAGGAUAAUACAAUCAAUCUAUAUCUGUUGUACGAAUCGGAUGGUACUUAUACUAGCGUCAAGGAAUGGAAAGGACUACCACGAUCACCAGGUUCCUUUGUCCAACAAGUCGAUGACUCUUGGUUCCCAUCCAAACUCCCUGACAAUUCAGCAAACAAGACAUGGCAACCCUACGCGUAUGUCCUCACCGAUGGAUACGAAUACCAGCAGGAGAUCGAGAACGAUUACAACUUUCCAAAACCUGUGCAAUUCACGCUGAUACAAAGCGCACACAAUACAUCAAGUGAUGGAAGUGAUUCACCCAAUGGAAGUGAUAGUGCAAAUGCAAGCAAUAGCGGUAGCGGGUUACCAGGCUGGUUAAUUGCUGUCAUUGUCAUUGCCUGUGUGGUCUUUGUUGCGGCGCUCGCUGGAUUGCUUUGGUUCAUCCGCCGACUGAAACGUACCAACGCCCAGAACAAUGUCGCUGCUGCUGGCGGUGGAGCAGCCAACAUGAGAGACAGCAAAACAAGCGAUCAGCGUAAUUUGAUGCAAUCACCCGAUGCCAGCAUGCCUACCAUACCUCGCCCUUUUGCAGGCUCUAUCAGCAAUUCAAAUGAUAUGUCAUCGAUUCACUCCUCCACGCCUAUUAUGGCAAGCGUACGCAAUGCACAACCUGGUUCACCACAACAAUCGUCACCAACAAAGAGCAUCGCUGAAACUGAACUCGGCAACAAUAAACCACCCACAUCACCUGCUGUGGCCCACAUUAUGCAAAAUCAGGAAGCACGUCAAUCCAGCUCGAUUCUCAGCUCCACCGACGCCAUCAUGAUUGCUGACACCUUCAGACAAUUUAUGCGCAAACCUGAAUGGAAUGAACAACAUGAAGAAGAAGACGAUGAUGAAAACACAUUCAAACUUGGAAACGAACCUAUCAAGCAACGCAAGCCGUUGGGCGAUGAUUUAUUCCGAAAGAAUGAUGAUGAUGAUGCGGAUAAUGACACAGUACAUCACAAUGACAAUGACGAUGAUCGAAGGCCUUCUCGUUUAAAGGAUUCAAGCAACGCAUGA